AUGCGCCGGCACCCAGUCCGCGCCUCCCAAAUGCUACGGGCAGGGACCGCGCGCGACACCUCCACAGUCAGCCUCAUCAACAGUUUCGAUUCAGACCUCAACCCUUCCCGUCCCGCCAAAUCCUCACCUCUCGGAGCCUCCGUCGACACCGGUCUCCCUCUCGAAUUGCUCGAUCGAUUGAAGGCUUUUCCACUCUUCCAAAGCGCUCCCGAGUCCUUCCUACUGUCCAUCGGCAAGAGCUUACGGCCGACGAUCUACCAACCCGCGCAGGAGAUCGUAAGAGAAGGCGAAGAUGCCAAGGCAAUGUACUGGCUGGUGCGCGGCUCUGUCCGUGUCACCAGUCGCGAUGGGGAGAGCACAUACGCCGAACUCAAACCCGGCGCCUUCUUUGGCGAGAUUGGAAUCCUCAUGGACAUGCCGCGCACCGCGAGCAUCGUGGCGAGCAUCCGGAGUCUGCUCGUACGGUUGAACAAGGAGGAUCUACAGAAGGAGCUGCCGUCAUAUCCGGAGGUGGAGCGGGCCAUUCGGGAAGAGGCAUUGGAACGAUUGACGAUCCUCGAGCGGAAGAAGAAGGAGAAACGCGCUGGUGCACAUCUGGGUGACGAGGGGACUGUCCGGCCUCCAAGCGGGACGCGCAAGCGUUCGCAUGACUGGAUGUCAGACGAUGUGGACAUGGGCGAGGCAGGAUCGUUGGCAGAUGGAGAGGUUGUCAGUCAUAAGAAACGAAAAUCGCCUUCGCCAGGAAUAGCAGAGGUGGCUGCCUCGAGCGCUCUUGGAUCAGGACCUCUCACAGUUCGACAACUUCUCAAAGAGCUCCCAUUAUUCUCGGGGUUGCCUUCAGAGAUAUUACACUUUCUCGGCAUCAACGCACAACCGACCUCUUAUCCGCCGUUCACUGAAAUCAUCAAACAAGGAAGUGAAGGGCGCGAUGUCUAUUUCAUCGUCAAGGGUGACGUCGAAGUCCUUACGAACGCCCCUGAAUCAUUACAGAGCAUCGACGAGAUGGGCGGAAGCUUAUCGCCAAAAGCUCCCGAACCGCGCACUCAAGCCCGACUUCGCGCUGGGCAGUAUUUUGGCGAAGUCACCACUCUAAAUUUGGCGCCCAAGCGGACGGCAACCGUGCGUAGCGUGAGUGCUGUGGAGUGUCUACAGAUUUCAGGAGGCGUGCUGGACGAAUUGUGGCAGCGCUGUGGACCCGAUAUUCGUCUGCAGGUGGAGAACGAGGCUCGGAGGAGACUCAAAGCGGCCAAGAAGGACAUCGAUGUGGUCAUGGUCGAUGUUGGUGGCUCGGCAGGCGCAGUCCCGAGCAUUAACGUCUCAGUAAACGGAUCCGCGCAAAGCACAACCGACGAAGAUGGAGAUCUGAACUCCUGGAGGGCAGACUUGCCCACUGUCAAGUUUGACGGACCGCUCCUGGGCGACCCUGCUCCCACGCAUACGCCUCAGAUGGAACCCAUAGAUCCUGAUCCAUUCUUCAACGAGAACCUGGACAAUAUGCGCGCCCGAUCGCGGCGGUCCUCACUCGCGCCGCCACUCCCUCCGGCAGAUUCGGCCCUGUCCGAACCGCAACGAGUACCCAGCCCGCCCACGAUCCGUCUCCUCUCUCCUUCGCCUCUCAAACCACAUACCUCUCGGAGACUAUCUAACGACUCUACUACAAAUUCCGCGUCGCCGAAUUCGCCAGUCUGGCGUGGUCUGAGUGCACCGAGACGGCCCAGCUUGGACCGAAGACCAUCCAACCAUGGCAAGGGCAAACUUCCUGACACCAUCCUCACCUCGAUAUUUCAGCAUCUGGAUCUUUACAAUCUUAUGCGUUGUCGUGAAGUCAGCAUGCAUUGGCACCAUCUUUUGACGACAUCUCGCGACGUAUUACAACACCUCAAUCUGUCACGAUAUAAUAAAUAUGUAACAGACGAAACUUUAAGGGAUGUCAUUGUGCCGUUCGUCGGUGACCGUCCCAGUUUCGUGGACAUAUCAAAUUGCUUCCACAUGACCGAUGAAGGAUUCAAGCUAUUGACCGAAGCCUGCGGGAGCAAUGCACGCGUAUGGAAGAUGAAAUCCGUCUGGGACGUCAGCGGACCCGCCGUCCUCGCGCUCGUCGAUAAAGCCAAGAACCUGGAAGAAAUCGACCUGAGCAACUGCCGCAAAGUCGGCGACAACCUCCUCGCCCGCGUCGUCGGCUGGGUCGUCCCCGAACCUCGGCCCGCCCUACACAUGAACAUGCCGCACCACCCGAGCCACAAACGCAGUGGCGGACCCAAACGACCCACCCUCUCGCCCAGCGACGCCAACACCGCCCAAUCCCAAUCCCAACACCAACAACAACAACCAAACCCAGCCGCCCCUCCCCCUGGCACCGUCAUCGGCGCCGCCAACCUCAAACGCAUCACCCUCUCCUACUGCAAACACAUACAAGACCGGAGCAUGGCGCACCUGGCCGCCCACACCUCCGCCCGCCUUCAACACCUCGACCUCACCCGCUGCACCUCCAUCUCCGACGCUGGCUUCCACGCCUGGUCCGCGCACGCCUUCCCACAACUGCACACCCUCAUCCUCGCCGACUGCACCUACCUCAGCGACGCCGCGAUCGUAGGCCUCGUCGCCGCCUGCCGCGCGCUCCGCGUGCUGGAUCUAAGUUUCUGCUGCGCGCUCUCCGACGCCGCGACCGAGGUCCUCGCCCUAGGCCUGCCGCGCCUCCGACGGCUGGACCUCGCCUUCUGCGGCUCCGCCGUCAGCGACCAUAGUCUGCGCUGCAUCGGCCUGCACCUGCUGGAGCUCCGGUAUUUGGGCGUGCGCGGCUGCGUCCGAGUCACGGGCCAGGGCGUCGAGGGCGUGGUGGAGGGAUGUCGGGAUUUAGAGGUUUUCGAUGUUAGCCAGUGUAAGAAUCUGAGGCCCUGGUUGGAUCGGAAGGGUAUCGGUAGAGUUAACGGAUUGCUGGGCGCGGCGCCGGGGAGGGGGGGCCGCAGGGCGAUCCGGUUUGAGACGGUGGCGGAUGGGAGCUGGAGGGCUCCGGCACCGGGGCCACGGGAAUGA